CUUUCAAUUUCGCAGGAUAGAGUCACAGAGAAGCUGGUUUUGGCGGGUCUCAAUUGCGGAGUUCGCUUAUUAAAAAAGGCAGCGUAUGCUACAGUUGGAGCGGCGUCGCAUAAUUUAAUGGGCGGAGAUUUCCUUAAAGGUGGACCGUUGGAUGGUCCUCCAGAUGGUCCAAUGGUGAUACACAAGAAAAAAGGGUAUUCUGGGACCCGCAAGGAGCUCAAAUAUUUUUCAAAAUUCAAAAACCCAAAAUGCCCUCCAAAAUCAGCACCCAUCAACGCCCAUCUUCUCUACAUUACAGAUCCAAACAUGGACAAAGAAACCCUAGACACAGCUGUUGGUACUACUCGGGGCCCCGGAGAACCCGAAUCCAUUCCCGAAGUGGAAGAAGAAGAAGAAGAAGAAGAAGUAGAAGUGGAAGAGUUGGAGAAGCUGGAGUCAGAAGCGAAAGAAAUGGCGAAGAGGAUUCUCGAAUACAGAGCCACUCUUCCGGAUCAGCUCAAAGCUACCUUAGCUUCAAUUCUUUCUGCCCAGAGACCCGUUCUUCCGGAAAUGGAUUCCGGGUCGGAUUUAGGACCUUUCAGCCAGUGUAAUCCAGGUUUAGGAGAACAGAUUAAAGCCAGUAAAUCAGCAUUGCCAACAGAAGGGGACCAAAAGAUUGCUGAGAAAGUUCGUUUAUUGAAAGAUAAAAUUUCCAGCAAUAUCUCAGCCAUGCCUAUUGUACUAAAGAGGAUGAAAGAAUGUAUGUCUAAGAUUGAGAACCUAGAUUCCUAUGAUGGAAUCAUACAUCCAGCUUUUAAAAAUAAAAGGACUAGCUGACCAAGUUUGGUUCAUGUGUUGCUCAGAUUGACUGAUGUAGAUUUUUGUACAAUGGAUCCAAACAUCAAGCUGUUGAAAGGAACCCAUUCACUGACCAAAUAUUUGUCACCAAAACCUGGACAUGGGGAUUUGAUGUGUAUAAUGUGUCAUUGAUAAUAUUCUGAAAGCAACUCUCGCACCAACUUAAUUAUUGAUUAUGAUGUAGGAAUAUAUGAUGUUGCAUAGGAUGUAUUAAUCUUCUCUCUUUCUUAUGGCAAGCAAUGUUCUGAAAUAUUAGAACGAUUGAAACUAA